AUGUUCGACCCCUCCGCGUCGGAAAUCCCGCGCCAACCGUCCUUCUCGAGCGCGUGUAUCGGCCGGCUGCUCCUCCUGCCUUGGCAUUCCAACCACGCUGUUCGGUCGCCAGUGUCGACACAGCCAAAACACAAGCCAGGCAAUCCGGUCCGCAGCAGCAAAAGGCUUCGUACCAAUUCGCACCUCGGAAGGCCACCAGAGUCGCAUAAGUUACGAUCUCCGGACAAGCUGACCUCUCCAUCGCACACUGAGAGAAGGGAAACAGAACACAAUUUGCGAGAAACUGUGAAUCUCGUGCUGUAG